AUGCCGACCAUGACAACAACUAACAAGCUGCAAUCCUUGCAUGAGCCGACAGAAAACAUUACUGAGCUGUGUGACUGCGGGCAGCAUCGAUGUGUCCAGAAGCCAGUUGAACACGAACACAGAGAACCAUUACAUAGUUCGGUCUACACGUCCACAUACAGAGCCAUCAGAAUGCCCAGACCACGAUCAUCGAAGCGCCCACAGCCGCCAGUGAGACAAUCCUGCCCAGCGCCAAUGAUGUUAUCCACAAGUCAGCGAGAGGAUUUCCAGAAUCCAGGACGAGUAGAGAGAGUCCAGCCAGUGACUCACGAUGCCAGGUAUGUUCCACCAAAACAACCAUUUGAGCAAGUGACAUUUUAUUCUCAGGAAUUUACACCAAAACUGAUAAACUUAGAGCCAGUAAAACAUGGAACCAGACCUGAUUUGAUUCGUGAUGGGCCCGGUAAAUUUGAAGACGUGACAACAAACAGGGAACACUUUAAAAGAUGGUUGCCACAGCCGAGGUCAACUUUUGGAGAAUUGCCCAGUUUUGUUGGAAGUCUGCUGUUUCCUGGCAACGACCCAACGCCUGUGUCCACGACAAGACAAACGUUCAGAGAGACACAUGCUCCACCAGCUGUUGCAGCUAAAGCAGUUGCUGACAGUUUAAAACUAGAAGGUGAUCACACAUUUGACACUACCCAUAAUGCAACGUACAGGAGGAUUGAAGGAGACCAGAGAGCCAGGCCGCUGGUUCAGGCUGACCACAGGGUCACAGGCAGACAUGGACAGUUUUUAGGCAUCUCUCAAACUCGUCAUGAUUUCCCAGGAUUCAAAGGAAGGCAGCCACAUCCCCCAAAGCCAGCGGAUCCUCCACAAGCUACCAUAGACCUCACAUUUCAUAACAGACAGGUAUUUGAGACUGAGAACAGGACAGUUUUCCAAGGUCAUGAUGUCACUAAGCAUCCAGUGCCGGAGUCCUGUCAGAAGGGAGGGGAUGAGUUCAAACCUCCAAAUGUGAAAUUUGAAACAGAAACUUGUCAUAAGAGAGACUAUCCACGGAUAGAUUUGACAAUUUUGGAGAACAUUCACAAGAAGCUGCCAGCGACAAGUCUUGAACUAGCAGCAAGGGCUGGCUUUGAUGGGCAGACAACAAACAACACAUUCUUUCACAGGUGGAAAGUCCAACCAAGGGUCAGAUAUGGUGACUUCCAUGCAAGCAUGCCGUAUCUGCCACCACAACAGCCUUUCCUCGCUCAGUCCGUCAGCCAGUCUGUGUUUGUCGCCCAGCCCACCAGCCCAGUUCACAUCUACCGGCACAGACACCAGCCCAGUUCACAUCUACCGGCACAGACACCAGCCCAGUUCACAUCUACCGGCACAGACACCAGCCCAAUGACCUUUGAGACCGAGUACCGGCAACAGUUUCAGAAGAAGCAGCGACGUCCGUGCCCAGCGGCCGUGCUCCUGAUGCGACAAGAGGUGCAGCGAUCAGAGGUUGAACCACCACCACAACAGCAGCAGCAGCAGUUGAAUAAUAAACACAUUUCCCAGUCGACUCGGACAAUGUCAACUCAGGUCAAAGGUUAA